CCGGCCCUCUCCAGGCACCCUUUUGUUCAGCUCUCAAACAUAAGCACCUUCUCGACUCGCCAGGACUUCAGUGGCAACUUGGCCGAGCAGGAAAACCCGACUUUGGGAGAGCCGCCCCCGGCCUCGCAGCCCUCCGCAAUGUCACGCUCCUUCUAUGUCGACUCCUUAAUCAUCAAAGACUCCUCGAGGCCGGCUCCGUCCCUUCCUGAGCAUCAUCACGGCCAGGACUUCUUCAUCCCUCUCAGCAUGCCUUCCCCCCUCGUCAUGUCGGUGUCGGGCCCGGGCUGCCCGUCCCGAAAGAGCGGCGCCUUCUGCGUCUGCCCGCUCUGUGUCACCUCGCACCUGCACUCCUCCCGCGGCGGCGGCGCCGGCGGGGCCAUCCCUCUGCUCAAGAGCCAGUUCCCCAGCGCCGCGGGCGAGGCCCAGUGCUGCCCGCGGACCAGCCACGCUCACCACCCGCCGCAGCACCCGCCGCCCGCCGCCUCGGUGCCCGCCGCCGCGGCCGCCCUGGGACACCCUGCGCAUCACCCACCUGCCUGCGCCGCCACCACCUACAGCGUCAGCGACCCCCGGAGGUUUCACUGCCUCGGCAUGGGAGGGUCCGAAUCCAGUCAAAUUCAAAAUGGGAAACGGAUGAGGACUGCUUUUACUAGCACCCAGCUCUUGGAGCUGGAGAGGGAAUUCUCCUCCAACAUGUACCUGUCCCGGUUGCGGAGGAUCGAGAUAGCCACGUACCUGAACCUGUCUGAGAAGCAAGUGAAAAUCUGGUUCCAAAACAGGAGGGUGAAGCACAAGAAAGAAGGCAAAGGCACCCAGCGAAACUCGCACGGGGGCUGCAAGUGCAGCACCAGCCAGGGGCAUUACCCCCGGUCAGAGGAUGAAGAGUCUCUAUCCCCCUCAUCGGCUACCGAGGAUAAAGAGAUCUCCCCGUUAUGAGAUCCUCCUGCCGCCGGGUCCCUCCUGCUCCGCUCCUGCCGCCGGGUCCCAGCCCGGAGCGAGGCGGCGGCACGGCGACUUACCUGGCACCGCUCCCCACGGACGGCAGCCUGCUAACCUGCAGCGGGCUGGCCCUCGCCGCCGCGGAGGUUUAAUUGUCAUCCAUUCGCAGUAAUAGAAAUAGAAGUAUAUCUAUAUAUAUUUUUUCGGAAUGCAAACGUUUUAGUCGUGGGAGGUCAACCUAAACGUUACUUAUGUAACCCCAGGAAAGGGCACCUGCUCUUUCUAGAAUGUAACAUGGGACAAGGCUCUAUAGCCCAGGGUGUCUUCUUCUCUAUCCCCACAGGCCAUUUAAAGGAAAAAAAGAAACGCAUUUGAAACCGAAAGGUGAGACAUUAAAAAAAAAAAGAAAAAAAAAAAGAAAGAAAACAAAAUAAAAACCAAAUCUGAAAAGCAAAUUAAAACCUGUAGAGAACCUACUGGACGGACUUUUUAACAAAAAUAAGAAAAGACAUAACGAUCGCCCGUUUGGGUUUGGGACGGCUGUUUGUCUGUGAAUAGUUUUAUAUAAAAAUUAUAUUUAUAUUUAUUUAAAUAAAUGAGAUCAGACGAGAAUUUAACUUUUUUCUUCUUACCCCCCCCGACUCCCCCUUCCUCCCAUGAAGUGCCAGUCCAGUCGCAGCAGCGAAGGUGCACUGGCUGGGCAAGAUGCUUUCCUUCGCAGUCCUUGUCCUUCGUACGGUGAAAGCAUCGCUGUAUAUGUGUCAGAUCUGCGUAAAGAGUGAAAAUAAAAGCCAUCGGCUACU